AUGAUGUCUUUCACAAAGUUUGUUGCCGCCACUGCUGCUCUCUGCAUAGCUACGGCCCCCAUCACAGCUGCGGCGCCGAACGUGACGGCCGAGUUGAUCUCCGGGGAUUGCUCCGUGUACCCGGCUUACGACGCGUCGACCGGCCAGGCGGGGCCGUGGUCGAUACAGGCCCAGGACACCGGCGACUACAUCACCGGCCACGGGCUCACAGCCAUCUUUUCCCGCGGCUCGAGCGGCAUCCGAUGGGGAUACAUGGCCGUGCUUGACAAAGCUGGUGUGGCGCAGAACCCCCUCCGCUGCGUCAACGGAGAGGGCAUUCAAGGCUGGGUGCCUACAGGUGUCUCGGGUUACACCUGGGAAAACCUCGUUGCUGCAGAUAUCCCGUACAACGCUUUCAUGAUGUACGAGGUCAACGGAACUGAAAUCCAGCCGUACUCGCAUUUCAUCAACGGCACCAAGCAGAGCGGAAUCUUCUUAGGCUCCGAGGGAUACACAACGUGGGGCUUCAAGAAAGAGACUGAUGCCGAGCAAGCGUCACCCAACAUUGUUGUGUCUCCUCGAUUCAUGGAUGAGCUCAAGAGGCUUCCCGACGACGUCUUAAGUUUCAACAAGGCCAUCGAAGAGUUCAUGCAUGCCAAGUAUACGAAGGUUGAUACCGAUAUCGACCUGCUUCCCCACACUGUCAAGACUGCCUUGACGCCGGCUCUCGUUCGACUGAACCCUGUCAUCGCCGACGAAGUCAUCGAAGCCCUUCGCAUCGAGCUUCCCCACUCUGCCGAAUGGACGGAGGUCAAGAUCAUGGACAGACUUCUCCGCAUCGUAGCGAUGGCCUCCGGACGCAUCUUCAUCGGCCCCGAGCUUUGCCGCGAGGAGGAAUAUCUCGACGCCGCCAUUAACUACACCGUUGAUUUGAUGAAGGCGAUUCGCAAGAUUUCAGACCUUCCACCUUGGACCAGGAGGUUCAAGGCUCCUUGGCUACCGGAGGUGAAGAAGGUGCACGAGAGAAUCGAGGCGGCGGACAAGUUCCUCAGGCCGGUGGUGACUGCUAGGCGCGAGGCAGCGGAGAACCCCGACUACCAGAAGCCGUACGACAUGCUGCAGUGGAUCAUGGAUGCGCAGACCAAGUUCGGUGCAAAGGACGACAAGGAGCUUGCGAGAUACCAACUCGGGAUCAGCUUUGCUGCCAUCCACACGACUACGGUUACCACAACCAACGCUUUCUACACUCUGGCUGCCAUGCCAGAGCUGAUCCCGAUGUUGCGAGAAGAUGUCCAGACGGCUUUGGCCGAGAGCAAUGGUGUCUUCACGAGCAUCGCUAUGCAGAACAUGAAGAAGCUGGACAGCUUCUUGAAGGAAACCAUGAGAUUUUACGCGCUUGGAGCGACUUCCUUCCAGCGCAAGGUGUUGAAGACCUUCACCCUCUCGAACGGGCAAGUCGUCCCGCAGGGCUCCAUCAUCGAGAUCCCCAUGGUCGGAAUCAACAACGACGACGAGUUCUUCCCGGACCAUGACAAGUUCGACGCCCUUCGAUUCUACAAGCUGCGCCAAGCCAAGAAGGAGCAAGAGACAGGGACCAAGCAGGCCGAAGUUGUCGCUCACUCGCAAUUCGUCAGCGUGGGAGGCCCCACGAGCUUGACGUUCGGCUUCGGCAGACACGCUUGCCCCGGUCGAUUCUUCGCUGUGAACGAGAUCAAGAUGAUCAUGGCGACCACACUAGCCAACUACGACAUUAAGAUGGCAGGGGACAGCACACAACGGCACAAGAACUUGGAGUUCGGUUCCAACGCUCAACCCGAUCCCGACAAGACGAUCUUGAUGAGAAAGCUCUAG